CGCAGUGCGUGUUAUUUCUACAAUGACGUUGCUCAGUGUCUAGUAGCCUGUUCUGCUGGGCGCUCCUCGCUUUCCUUCAGUGAGCCGCUUUUCUAAACUCAGCCCCGGGAAACCAUGGCCGAGCAGGCCUCGGGAUCCACCCGGCCGCCUCAACAUGACGGGGUUCUGCAGCAGCACGCGGCCGAGCAGGAGCAGGAUCGAACCGACUUCCUGAAGCUCAAACAACAGCUGGAGAUGGAGUUCAACCAGAAGCGGGCCAAGUUUAAGGAACUAUAUUUGUCUAAAGAAGAGGAGCUGAAGAGGCAGGCUGCUGUACUGGAGAAGGCUCAGGUGGAGCUGAGCAGUGUGCAGAAGCAGCUGGCCGAGGCUAAAGCAGAGAUGGAGACCAUCAAAGCGGUGGCCACUGUCUCUGAGAACACCAAGCAGGAAGCCAUCGACCAGGUCAAGCAGCAGUGGCAAGAGGAGGUAGCGUCACUGCAGGCUAUUAUGAAAGAUGCAGAGCGGGAAGUUAAGUUGCAGUUCCAGCAGAAGUUGGAGCAGGAGCGCGCUCAGUGGGCACAGUACCGCGACGGGAUGGAGCGAGAGGUAGCUGAGCUCCGCCGCCGUCUCUCUGAGGGCCAGGAGGAGGAGAAUUUAGAGAACGAGAUGAAAAAGGCUCAGGAGGAUGCAGAGAAGCUACGCUCAGUGGUGAUGCCAAUGGAGAGUGAGAUUGCAGCACUGAAGGCCAAACUGUCAAGCUCAGAAGAUCGAGUUAAGGAACUUGAGGCAGCGAAGGUGAAGGAGCUCAAUCACGUCCUGGAGGCUGAGAAGUCAUGCCGUACAGACUUGGAGAUGUAUGUUGCCGUCCUCAACACCCAGAAAUCUGUCCUUCAGGAGGACGCAGAGAAACUUCGGAAAGAACUACAUGAAGUGGUUCACCUGCUGGAGUUGGAGCGGCAGCAGCACAAUCAGCUGAAACACACUUGGCAACGUGCCAACGAUCAGUUCCUGGAGUCACAGCGGCUGCUGAUGCGAGACAUGCAGCGCAUUGAGAGCGUUCUGUCCUCCGAGCAGCUGCGGCAGGUGGAGGAGAUGAAGAAGAGGGACCAGGAAGAGGAUGAGAAGGAAAGAUUGAGCCAGGCUAAAGAGGCCAGUGAGGAUGAUGGGACAGAGCAAGCAGAAGCAGUGGAGGACUCUCUGCUCGGACUCUCCAUAGAAGAGUCUCACCUCAGCCAGAGCAUCCACAGCUCUUUACACUCUCUGGACGCAGACACCCCGGGCCGCCCAGACGGCUCUGACCCUUAUAAGGAUGGGCUUCGGAGAGUGCAGUCCACCGACAGCCUGGGUUCUUCAGGAGGGGCCCUACAGCCUCACGGGCUGGGUGGACACAACAACAAGGCCAAGUCAGCUAGCCAGCUAGACGAGUCAGACUUUGGUCCUCUAGUGGGGGCAGACUGUGGGGGCUUUGACAGCAUGGACACCUCCAUGUCAUCCCUCCAGCCAGGACAAUUUCUCCUCACCAAGGACCAGGAGAAGGCCAUUAAAGCCAUGACCCCAGAGCAGGAGGAAACCGCAUCACUCCUGUCCAGCAUCUCUCAUAGUGCCGAUACAGCUUACCUGCCUCCAUCUGGCUACCGACUGGUCAGCGAGAGCGAGUGGAAUCUGCUGCAGCAAGAGUUAAAGAAUGCUGGAAGGAAGUUGGGGCGGCGAUGUGAUAUGUGCUCUAAUUAUGAGAAACAGCUGCAGGUCAUUCAGGGACAAGAGGCCGAGACACGAGAUCAGGUUAAAAAGCUUCAGGCCAUGUUGCGGCAAGCGAACGAUCAGCUGGAGCGCACAAUGAACGAGAGGCAGGAGUUGGAGGACUCUGUCAAACAGGCCAAUGAGGAAACGACUGCCAAGAUCUCAGAGUUGAAGCAGAAAGUUCAGGAGUCUGAGUCUCUCAUAAGCACUCUUCAGCAGGCCUUCAGCCAGGCCAAGAGGAACACCCAGGAACAGAUGUCUGUGCUGCUACAGUCCAGAGAGCAGGUGACUGAAGAGCUGAACAGACUGCAGAGAGAUAAUGAGAGUCUUCAGGGUAAACACAGACUUCACAUGACGCUCCAGCAGCAAGAGGACUUUCACAUGCCCACAACUGUACAGGAACUCCAGAAGCUGGUGUUGCAGUACAGGGAAGACAUUGUGUCUGCGCGCACAGCGGCAGAGCAUUUGGAGGAGAAGCUGAAGGCUGAAAUUCUGUUCUUGAAGGAGCAGAUUCAGGCAGAACAGUGUCUGAAAGAGAACCUGGAAGACACUCUACAGCUGGAGAUAGAAGGCUGUAAAGAAGAGAUCGACAUCCUGGAAGCAUCUUUUUCCAGCUUGAAAACGGAACUGGAAAGAGUGAAGAGUGAGAAGGAACAGCUGGACAGCAGCUUGGCAGAGAAGAGCCAGAUGCUGGAGAACGUCCAGGGCCUGAAGAACAGUCUGGAGGAACAGUUAAAAGAUGCCCUCGGCAGCAAGAGUGCUUUGGAGACUCAGGUGUUUGAAGAGAAAGACAAGGCACAGAGACUUCAGACAGAGCUGGAUGUCAGCGAGCAGGUCCAGAGAGAUUUUGUUAAACUGUCCCAGACCCUUCAGGUGCAGUUGGAGCGUAUUCGACAAGCGGACUCAUUAGAGCGGAUCCGUGCCAUCCUAAACGACACCAACCUUACAGACAUCAGCCAGCUUCCCGAGACAUGAUGUCACUUCCUCUUUACGACUCCCUCGUCCACAUAAACACACACACUCCACCUGUACCCCAGAUCUUCGGCCCGACUCCAUCAAGAUCAACCGAAUCGAGCGAAGAAGACUUGAUCCUGCAAGUCCUGGUGAACACUACUGAUUCCUACUACUGCUAUCCAGCUUGUACAUGCGUUCGCAAGAGCACGAAAAGACUCCCAGCUCUAUCUGAGUGGAGGGUUUGCGUCUUUAUAAUGCAGUUCUCCACCGCGGGUCCCGCGAGGAGCUGCCGGUCUUUUAACAAACGCUGCUUUUGUUCCUCAUUCAGUUUAGGAAAUGAGAUAAUGGGUCAACUAAUGUGACUGUCCCAUUCCCAGACCCUACCAAAGUUCCCAUCUCUUCCGCCUUUCUUCUCUUCCUUCCUCAGCUUUCCAUCUGCUGGGCUAGCAGCGGUGACCUAUGAAGGAAACGGACACUUCUGAAGUGUUUUGUACAUACUUGUAUACAGAUUAUUUGUGUAUAUUGCGUUAGUUAAGUUAAUACACAAGACUGUGAUUCCCAUCUCGACCCACCUCCUACACUUUCACAAGCGACACUGUGUUUUCUUCUCGUCCGCCAAUCAUUUCACUAGGAUGUGAUUACUAGCUGCGGCGUAUCACUUUUCCUUAACAACCUCCAAAUUUUCCACAGUCCAUGUUUUUUUUUCUCCAUUUCUGGCACAAAAGUGAUGAUCUUUGCUUGAAGUUACUGCUACUUUUGUUAGAACCGACUGAUGUUUUUGCAUAUUUUUCUGUGUGUAAGUGUGUUUUUCUUUCAGAAGAAUAUUGCAAACACAUCUGAUGAUUUUUACUGUUAACUCUUGGUCUGAUUUUGAUAUUCGCUUGAUUUGUCUCAACAGCACUUACACUGACCAUUUUAAAAGGUGUUUUACCCAUCAUUCUGGCUGUUUGUAUAUUAAUGAAAGCACACUAUGUUUAUAAUUUGUCCUGUGAAGUAAGGGGCAUCUUGUGUACCAUGUUAAAGGGUACAGUAAUCUGUCUGUCUUACGUGUGGCAUAAACAGAAUUGCAAUGGGAUUCGUAGAACCAAAGUUGAUCGUGUUGACCUUAAAUUCUCAAAUGAGCAUAUUUGGAUAGUUUAAAUCAUAUCGAGAAGAUAAAAACAUGGAAAGGGCUAAUGGUUUACAUAGACGUAUAUAAAUCAUUUUCUGGCUUAUGUUUACUUUAAAAUAAUGGAUGCUGGGCAGUGUAACUCAACUACAGGAAACAAGUGCGUGUGAUUUAUAUUCAGUUGUCUAAAUGCAAAAAUUCUGUUUAUUUUUUGCAAGACCAAGACCAAAAGUGGCAUGUGAUUUUUGGCAUGGUCUUUUUACAAUAAAAAAAAAAAAAAAAAUAAAUAAACACAGUUGAGGUCAAAAGUUUACAUACACCUUGCAGAAUCUACAAAAUUAUUAUUUUACCAAAAUAAGAGGGAUCAUACAAAAUGCAUGUUAUUUUUAUUCAGUAUUGACCCGAGUAAGAUAUUUCACUUAAUGACAUUUACAUAUAGAGAAAUUUAGAGAAUGUUCUCUUACAUUAAAAGAAAAUAAUAGUUGAAUUUAUAAAAAUGACCCAGUUCAAAAAUUUACAUAGGCUUGAUCUUAAUACUGUGAUGUUACCUGAAUUGAUCCACAUUUUUUUUAAUUUAUAUUUUUUUUGUGAUAGUUGUGAUAGUUGUUUUUAGAGUCCGUUGUUUGUGCUGAACGGUUAAACUGCCUGCUGUUCUUCAGAAAAAUCCUAGAGGUCCCACAAAUUCUUUGUUUUUUUUUUUUUUUUAAGCAUUUUUGUGUAUUUGAAUCCUUUCCAAGAAUGACUGUAUGAUUUUGAGAUCCAUUUUUCACACUGAGGACAACUCAGGGAUGCAAGGGACUCACAUGCAACUAUUAUGGAAAGUUCAAACACUCACUGAUGAUUUAGAAGGAAACAUGAUGCAUUAAGAACUGGGGGUUAAAACUUUUUGAAUUUGAAGAUCAGGGUAAAUUGAACUUAUUUUGUCUUCUAGGAAACAUGCAAGCAUCUUCUGUAGAUUUGGAAGGUCAGUACUAAAUGAAAAAAAUAAGAAAAAUGUACAUAUCUUCAUUCUGUUCAAAAGUUUUCAUCCCCCGCCUCUUAAUGUAUCGGUUUUAUAACUUUACCUUAACAACCUCCAGAUUUUCCACAGUCCAUGUUUUAUCAUACAGUCAUUGUUGGAAAAUUUUUGAAAUACAUAAAAAUGCUGAAAAACCAAAGAAUUUGUGGGACGUGAAGGAUUUUUUUGUGUGUAUAUGAACUUUUAAACAGGGUCAUUUUUAUACAUUCAAAUAUUAUUUUCUCUUGUGGAUUACAUGUAAAUGUCUUUUAUGUGAAAUAAUUUAUUCAGGUCAGUAUUAAAUAAAAAUGCAUUUUGCAUGAUGCCUCUUAUUUUGGUAAAAUUAACAUUUUGCAGAAUCUGCAAGGUGUAUGUAAACUUUGGACCUCAACUGUGUAUUUUAGUUCAGACUGUACUAUAAUAGUGUUUCGUUAAGAACGGUAUUGACUUGAGAAUGAAAAUUGGCUGAAAACUUGAAAAAAAAAAAAAUGGACAGUUAAUGCCCUGCAUGUUGAACAUUAGGUCUGCUAAUUUUGUUAUUGAAAAAGACACCAUUGUCAGUGUCAAUGGAAAUCUUAAUUCAGUCAAAAUAAUCCAUAUAUUAAAAUGUGCAGUUUUUAAAAUCGAUAAAGGAAAUGAAUUGUUUCCUGAGUAAAACCAACCACAAUCAACUACAUCUGAUGAGUGUACACAACUUUAACGCUACUAUAGUAUGACCAGUGCUGCUGUUGUGAUCUGAUGAUGAUGAUGAUGAUGCUCUCCUGUGUGAAUAUGUGCAUUAUAUCAAGACCAUGUGUGUUGUGGUGUUGAUUUUAUUAUGUGUAAGUUGCACUUCAUAACGCUCACACGUCCCGUGCCGUCUUCACAUUGCAAACACCUAAUGUUAAACUUCAUGUAAUUGCUACUUUAGUGGCUUCAUGUUUCACUAGAGCAAAUGAACCGUUUCAGUUCAAAGUAGUUUUGACGUCAGAAUAUUUUAGAAACUACAUUUUUCAUUAGCAGACACUGUUUUGAACUCUAAUAACUGAUGUGGGAUAAGGAGACCGUUUUUAAUGGAAAUUCUGUUUUAAAAAGACUUUUCUCCUGUCGGUAUAAUUUAUAAUUCAUGACAGUCAUUUCUACUGGGUUUGUGAAGAGUGAUAGUUCAGAUACUUUCACAAUAACAACGGUCCUAUUUCUGUUCUUUGCAUGCUGUGUUGCAAAUGCAGAAACCCUUGCAGAUUUAUAUACUGUACUGUGUACAUUUCCCUGUAUAUAUCUAUAUAAUAAAACCAAAUUGAAACUUAA